ACCUAAAUAAAAAAACGCCCGUUCUACAGCGAACAGGCGGUUUUUUAAUCUGUCCGUGCAUCACUGUUGUCCUGAACUUGAACCGGCUGAACAGACUGUCAGGACGGUGAGAGGCCAAACAGAAAGAUUUCCAUCCAUGCAGUUCGCACAAUCGCACUUGUGGAAGACAGUCUAUGGAUAAUGAAAAGGAGAGUAUUUGACAUUGAGUCUAUUGAUAAUGAAAAGGAGAAUAUUUGACAUUGAGUCUAUGGAUAAUGAAAAGGAGAGUAUUUGACAUUGAGUCUAUGGAUAACGAAAAGGAGAGUAUUUGACAUUGAGUCUAUUGAUAAUUUAGGAGAAUAUUUGACAUUGAGAUGCACUUGAAACAAACUCACAUCCUCAGUUUGCUCAGUAUGAAGGAAUCGGACCCGGCUGCAGUGUCAACUCGCAGAGAACAACAUUGUGACGCCGACGCACAAGAGAAGGGAAGAACUUGUUUUAGUGUGUUUACUUUGCACAGGCUGGAUGACUGCAUCAGUUCCUUGGGAUUGAACAUACAGGCGACGAAGAACAUUGCUCUCUUCAGUGGAAGUUUUCGUCAGACACACUCCCUCCAAUACCGGAACGAGACUGUGUGAUGCAUUCGAUGUGGUUUCCCAUACGAGACCUAUUUUGAAAGUGUCCCGAUCGUCUCGUUCAGUGGGGCUCGUCGCUUCAGGGAGAGCAGUUGAAGGUUCCCUGCCUGGACGGGUGGCGCACAACUCUGACAAUUAACACAAUGAUGGAUGCCUCCGGACUUCUCCUCGUCAUCUUUGCGGUGAUGUCUACAUCGGAGUGUUCAGAGACAGCUGAGCCCCAGUGUAACGACUCUGACCAAUACCCGUUUUACCUUCUUGAGGGUGAAGCAUUUUAUUUUGUGCACCUCAAUCUGCCCAAGAGAAACUACUCGAAUGAGGAGGUCACGUGGCACAGAAAUAACUCCAGGAUCGAGAAUAUCUACGACGAGAAUGAGAGGAUACACUGCCACGGUGGAGCGUUGUUUUUUUUAAACCUUCUCAUCGAGGACUCUGGAUUUUACACCGCGCGGCUUAUAGACCAAUCAGGAAAGUGCAAAAACUACAAUGUGAAAAUUGAGGUCUUCGAGGCGAGUCGCCGAGGGAGCACGCCUUUGCUUUGGGGAUCGAUCGAUACCUCCAGCACCAACAAACGGAUCCCCUGUCCACAUCCUGUCGAAGACACAUGUGAAAUGUUUGGAGGAAAUUACACCUGGUACAAGGAUUUCAAUCUUCUUCAAGGUAACCAUGAAGAUAACCUGCGGAUUGACAGUGCCACCAAACAGCACGAGGGCAUCUACACCUGCAUUUGUACCUGGACACACAAUAACAAGGUGUACAACUCGUCAGGCUCCCGGGAGCUAAUAUUUAAAGAGCAGGCUGCUUACCUUGAAGUAGAAAUCCUCUCUCCCACAAACAAGGAGCAGUUUGCUGAUGAAGGCUUCCAGAUCAAGUUGAACUGCUCAGUUUUCUGUGGGAUUAAUGUGAAAACUGUCUGUGACGCUACAUGGCUCAUUAAUGGCGUCCAAGUAAACCAGAUGGAUGGAUACAAUCAAACCACCUAUGGAAUCAUGGAGGAACCUUCAAAGAAGACCAUCUCCACGGCGAUCCUGACCAUUGAAACUGUUUCUGCCAAGGACUUUCAGGCUGAAUUCAAAUGUGCUGGCAAAGGCUUGUACACAACGAACUAUGCCACUUUGAGCCUUAAGAAGAGAGCGUCAAUGAUUCGAAUGGUCAUCGCAGCAGUGUCUGUGUUGUUCAUCUGUGUCUUUGUUGCUCUGCUGGUUAAAUGCUUUGCUAUCGACCUUGCGCUCUUGUUGAGACCCUACUUGCCUCUGAGGAGUCACAGAGAAGAUACGAGGUCGUACGACGCUUACGUGGUCUACGAGACGCAGAGCAUGGACGUGGUCGCCGAGGAAACACUCUGUCGGUUUGUCACACAGACGCUACCCUCUGUCCUCGAAGAGAAGUGUGGAUAUCGACUCUUCAUCCACGGGAGGGAUGACAUCCCUGGGGAAGACCGUGUGGCGCUGGUGGAGGACAGCAUGACCCAGAGCAGGAGACUGUUGGUGAUCCUCACACUGGGCUCAGGGUCUGAGGUCGCAGACCAACAUCCCUCGCUCCACGACUCGGUCACAGGAGGGUUUGACUGGCAGGUGGGGCUGCACCAUGCUCUGGUCCAGAGGGAGAUGAGUGUGAUUCUGAUCCAGCUUGGCGAAACUGGACCCCAAGGAUACAAACACCUUCCCAUCGGCUUGCAGCAUUUGAUCCGCAAGAGCGCCCCCUUGAGGUGGCCCGAGUCUUCGCGGGACGCUGCUGCUUGUAACUCUCGCUUCUGGAAGAGAGUGCGAUACCUGAUGCCCGCCGUACCUGCCAAAAAAUGCCAAAAAGCCUCUGUCAUUUGAAAACUCUGAUGGAGAGUCUCAGACCUGUAACAACAACAGAAAAUAAAUGAAUUCUCUUUCUGGAAUUCCAAAUUCACAUCCUUCUGUCAGAUGAGGACUCUGGGAUUUUCACAUUUGCCACAUAUUGUGUUUGCGAGCAUCUUAUGGAAGUUGGAAGCUGAAUGUUUUGAUCUUUAGGUUGUUUCAAAUGGCAUAGUAUCAUAUUAUCUACUUCUGGCAACUGUUGAAUAAUACUAUUUAAACUAUCCUUCUUCCUUUAGGUUGAGUUGUGCCCUGAUUUCUUGAGAGGAUUUGAAUGUUUUGUCAUAGGAGUUAUUUCGUUUGUUUGGUUGUAUUUACUGUUUUGUUGUGAACUUUUAUUUUGAAUACGCAUGUCUCAUAGGUGCAUGGAUCUGUCGGAGGCUACAGAUUCAUAUCAAGUCCCCGUUGUGUGGGGGACUUAACUAAAUGCGCACCCACCUUUGAUGAUUAGUUUUGCACACCGUAAAUAAAAAACGGUGACUGCUGCUGAUAUAUGAAUGUCCGGUUUAACCCAAUGUAGUCAUUUUUAUAAAAACAAUGAGAUGUCCUAAAGAAAACAGAGAUAUUUUAGCCUUUUUGUGUUAUUUAUCUCUGUCUAAGAGGAACCUGGAGAUUUCUGCUUCUGAUCUGUAAUUAAAAUGACACAAAUUUUACAGAAAUUGU